CCGUGUCACAUGACCAGGUUUCAGAAUCAAAAAUGGCGACGAGUGGGAGUGUUUUUGCCGGAAGACCUCGAAGUGGUUCAAAAUUAUCGUCUGCUCAGUAUGAUGCAGAUGGAAAUGAAAUUGAGUAUGAUGUGCGAGAAGAUGAGGAACAGAAUGUCAAAUUACAGCAAACAAUUGACUUGUUGUUGGCAGCAGGAUAUUUCAGAGCUCGCAUCAAGGGGUUAUCUCCCUUUGACAAGGUGGUGGGUGGGAUGACAUGGUGCCUGGUGACCUGUAACUUUGAUGUUGAUGUGGACCUUCUCUUCCAAGAAAACUCCACCAUUGGUCAGAAGAUAGCUCUAACGGAGAAAAUCGUAGAAGUUUUGCCCAAGAUGAAAUGCCCUCACCGUAUAGAGCCUCAUCAGAUCCAGGGACUGGACUUCAUUCAUAUCUUCCCUGUGGUGCAGUGGCUGGUAAAGAGAGCUAUAGAGACUCGUGAAGAGAUGGGGGAUUACAUCAGGGUGUUUUCUGUGUCACAGUUCAACAAGAGUCACAGCACACCUGAGGAUGAAGAAUUCAAGAAUACAAAAGACAAAGCUGUCAGCUCUGUGAAGGUGGUUAAGGACGCCUACAAACCACAGAGGAGAUAUCGCCGCCAUGACGAUGGGAAAAUUCGAGACGAAGAAUCUCGUGUCCACUCAACACUUUUGGAAUAUGGGCGCCGCUAUGGUUACAGCAAGGAAAAAGCUGACAAGGAAGAUGAAAAGGCUGCUAAGAAAAGAGCUGUGGCUGCGGGGCUCCAGAAGGGCGAGUCUGAUGUUGACCUUGAGGCUGAGGAAGAGCGACGUAUUAAUGCCCUGAUGAGCGGAAUGUCAGCGAUGGGACUCCAAGAGGCUCGCCUAACGGCUAGUGCUGUGGGCUCUAUUGUGGGCAUGCAGUCUGAAGAGAUCCGGCAGAUUGCCUCAGAGUAUGAAGACAAGCAUGCAGAGAUAGAGCAGAUGGAUAGAGGAGAGAAGGUGGGGGGAGUCCAACAUCACAAACGGGUCACGGCCUCACUUCAGAAACAAAUACAACAACAACAGACCAAGCGGGACGAGGUGUCAGCCAAGCACGAAGAACUACACAAGGCCUACCUGGAGACUCAGGCUAAACUGGCGGAGACCAGAGCUAGGGAGGGUCAGAUUGCAGAAGAGCUGGAGAAGUUAAAUGAGAUGGAGACUGAAGAGAAUCAGGAAGUACUGCAGUCACUUCGCUCACUGGUGGCCCUGAAUGAAAACCUGAAACGACAGGAGAAAGAGUUUAAGGCACAUUGUAAGGAGGAAAUGGUACGGCUGAAGGGUAAUAUUGACAGACUAAAGUCAGAAGAGUCUGGUAUUCUGUCAGAGGAUCAGGAAAGAGCAAAAAUGAUAGAGAAACAAUUUGAAGCAGACAAAGAAAAACUGCACAAGAUCAAACUUCUACUGGCGAGGAAGAACAGAGAAAUUGCAGGACUUCAGAGAAAGAUUGACGAAGUGCCAUCACGUGCAGAGCUCAGUCAGUACCAAAGAAGAUUUGUGGAGCUGUACAACCAAGUGGCAGCUACUCACAAAGAGACCAAGCAGUUCUACACCCUCUACAACACUUUGGAUGACAAGAAACUCUACCUGAACAAAGAGGUGAAUCUACUGAACUCCAUUUACGACAACUUCACGCAGGCAAUGUCAUCAGCGGCUAAUAAAGAACAGUUCCUUAAACAAUUUGAGCAGAUUGUUGAGGGCGUCAAGCAGAACAGAGCUAAGGUUGAGAAGAAGAAACAGGAAGAGAAGAUGAAGAGAGAUGGAUUUAACGACCAGUACCUGGACCUGAUUGAGAAACAAAGGCUUUACUUCAAAACUGUCAAGGAUUUCAAAGAGGAGUGUCGAAAGAAUGAAAUCCUGCUGUCUAAACUCAGAAAGUCGUAAUCAGUCCUGAGAGAGUUGGAGUUUUAGAUGGGUGUUUGGAGGAGAAUGAAGGGUGAUGCAGUGAUAGGGCUUACAGAUAUGCUGUCUAAAUGUUUUAGUCAUCAAACUGAAAUCAAGUUUAUCUACAAUUUGGUCAAAAAGGAGAAUUUUUAUUAACUGUGAAAUGAGGAAUCAAUGUGGUGAUAUAAAAGGCUUAAUUUUUGAGACAUGGCCUGUGAUAAGUGCUCAUGUACUGUAGAUAUCUUGUAUAACUGGUCAUAAAAGUGCUGUUCAUCAAACAGUAAUUGUUGUUCAUAAUAUAUGGUCAUGCAUGAACAUACAGAGUAGAGCUUCUAAUAUAUGUAUAUGUAUGUAUGUAAGCUUGGGGCUUUACGUCGUACUUAACAAUUUUUCAGUCAUAUAACGAGGAUUCGUUAGGUAUGUAUUGUCUUGUGAGUCCAUGCCGCCAAAGUGCUGCUGCCACAAAAGUACCGUGCUGAAGAGACCAGACACGACACCCCACCCAAUCAGAUCAUAAAGAUGUCCCCACCCAGUCACAUUAUACUGACACCUGGCCAACCAGUCCUGUUUCCAUGCUCUUAACCUCUCAGUGCUGAGCGCCUAGUCUGUGGUAUGACUUCACUCGCUUUGAUCCCAGGUUUCCUCGAGUCUAAGGCUGACGUUCUACCAUGUAUUGCUGCUUAAAGGAUGGAACUAUUUCUUCAUUUGUGUCAGUGUACAUGAAGGUCAUGGCCUAUCAUCAGUGUGGUCAGGUUCACAGAUUCAGAAUCUUUCCCAUAAUAAAGAGGCGUUCUAAUGAACUACAUUUCUUUUAAAAUUUGGGACACCUGGCUUGCUCAUUUUAGCCAGUAUAUAUGUAAUUCUAGCAGGAAUAUUGAGUUUUCUUUCUUCUCACGUGGAUGGACCAUCUAAUGAACAACAUGCUCAUAUCUUAACUAUUCCAAAAGGCUGGUAAAGAAAUGUAAUAUUCCAUUUUCAACGCUACUAAUAUCUGU